AUUGCAUCCCUUAAAUUAAAAUCUAUUCCUUCUUUCCCCAAAGCUACAAAGCCCCCAAAGUAUAAAUGUGGAACGACAAAAGCAUGUCCAGCGAAUCAUUUUGCUUUCAAAAUGGCAAGUGGAGCAGCCAACGUAGUUGGACCUAAAAUAUGUGUAGAAGACAAUAUCUUGAUGAGUGGUGUUAAAAACAAUGUGGGGAGGGGCAUUAAUAUAGCCCUAGUAAAUGGUAAGUGUUUGUAUAUGACCUCUUUGCACCUAUUUAUCUUAUUCAUCAGUGGAGCAUACAAGAUCAGCACUGGACCAACCAUUGCGAAAUUUGAUGUAGAUGUAGCCCCAUUCAUUGAAUUUCUGAAGAGCAUUGCAGAUGGAACUAUUGUAUUAAUGGCAACAUAUGACGAUGGUGCCACUAAGCUUAAUGAAGAGGCACGGAAAAUAAUAUCAGAUUUGGGGAGUACAUCCAUCACAACGCUUGGAUUCAGAGACAAUUGGGUUUUCUGUGGUGGAAAAGGAAUCAAAACUAAAAGCCCUUUUGAACAGCAUAUUAAAAACAACAAGGACACCAACAAGUAUGAAGGAUGGCCAGAAGUUGUGGAAAUGGAGGGAUGUAUUCCACAGAAGCUAGAAUGAACAAUCUGCAAUUGGAAAUAGACAAUGCAAAAGAACAGUGGAGGGGAAACGCACUUUUCUGCUGCUGUGAUAUUGUGGGAUUUGGGAAGAUAGAAGCCAAGUGUGAACUCCACCAUGCUAGCAUGGCUUGAUGCACAAGGCCCAUUAAAAAGCUGUGCAAAGUGAUGGUAAAUUGCACCAAUUCAUUUGACUGGGCAUGUGAAAUACUUAUCCUGCUGGAUUGUGCCCUAUGUAAAUAAUUUCCAGGCAUGUUUUCACUUUAAAAUGUGCAUGAACUUUUUUAAAAAAAACAACAACCAUCAGGCUUAUUUAUUGUUAAACUGAAGAGAUUCUUUUUUUCCUGUUUCUUUUUUCUUUUUUGUAAAUUAGCCCUAAACAAACAGAACAAUUAUUUCUGAGUAUUCUUAUUCUUCCUUCUCUUUCUCCCUUUCUUCCUUGUUUCUAAGGCCACUUAUGUCUCUUAGAACCACACUCAAAAGUAAUUAGAGAUACAGAAUGAAUAUUGGAGCUAAUCCUGAGCUUUGUUGUAUCCUGUUCAAUUACAACAUUGCUGUGAGUGCAUAUAAUUACAUCAAUCUGUAAAUUUUAGAGGAAAAAAUAGUUAACUAUUUUAAUGCUAUGUCUGUUGGAAAGCCACAUACUUCAGUGGCCCUUUUCAGAUAGAGGGGGUGGAUGUUUGAUACAAAAAUGUAGGACUGCUUUACAAAGCACAAUUAAAUGCUUUUCAUUAAAAUGAAAUGUGUAA